AGAACCUGCUACUCCAGCAACCAAACAGACCCAAAGUGCACGCCGUCUGGCGUCUCCUCUCCUUGCUAGUAGUUGCUACAGCAGCGCAGGAAAGGUAAGAGAAAAAAGGAAAUCUCAAAUCUCCGCAUCGGAAAGAAAAUGUUCCCCCAAUUUGGAGCCACUGCGGAGACUCUGAGCAAGGCGUCGACGAUGGUGUUCCGGAUCGGAACGGACGCACACCUGUACGAUGAUCCGGAGGAUGUCAACAUUGCUCCGCUCCUUGAGAGCAAGUUCGACUCCGAGAAGUGCGAGGCUCUCAAGCGAUUACUCGCUCUCAUUGCCCAGGGCUUCGACGUCUCCAAUUUCUUCCCCCAGGUUGUUAAAAACGUGGCGUCUCAGUCAUUGGAAGUAAAGAAGCUGGUUUACUUGUACCUGCUCCAUUACGCAGAAAAGCGUCCAAAUGAAGCGUUGCUAUCUAUUAACUGCUUCCAAAAGGACUUGGGGGAUCCAAAUGCUUUGGUGCGGGGGUGGGCACUUCGAACCAUGGCCGGAAUCCGGCUACAUGUAAUUGCACCUCUUGUUCUGGUGGCUGUGGGAAAGUGUGCUAGAGAUCCUUCUGUUUAUGUUAGGAAAUGUGCUGCCAAUGCUCUUCCCAAGCUGUAUGAUUUGCGCCUAGAGGAACAUAACUCUGCAAUUGAAGAGAUUGUUGGCAUAUUGUUAAAUGACCAUUCCCCUGGAGUACUUGGAGCCGCAGCUGCAGCAUUUGCUUCAAUUUGCCCAAAUAAUUUUUCUCUGAUUGGACAAAAUUAUCAGAGGUUAUGUGAGAUUCUUCUCGAUGUGGAAGAGUGGGGGCAGAUAAUCUUAAUUGGGAUCCUUUUGCGCUUUGUAAUAGCGAAACAUGGGCUUGUUAGAGAAUCCAUUAUGUUUUCUUUGUGUUGUACAGAGAGUUCCAAUUCUGGAAAGGAUGGUUCCACUACCGAAAUUUCAAUAAAAGAAGACCCGGGAUUUUUGUGCGGGGGUAAUAACUUUGGAUUAGACGUUGACGUGAGCGGGGAUAAUGACUUGUUAGCAAGCAUGAUAUCCAGGUGUUAUAUUGAAGGGCCGGAUGAAUACUUAUCACGGUUAAGUUACACAAAUAGGGGUCCUGAACUGAAUGUUGCCCAAUUUACUUCUGGAAAAAGUAACAAUGACGUGAAGAUCCUGCUGCAGUGUACAUCCCCAUUGUUAUGGAGUAAUAAUAGUGCUGUGGUACUUGCAGCUGGUGGUGUACAUUGGAUAAUGGCCCCGAGGGAGGAUGUCAAAAGAAUUGUCAAACCACUCUUAUUUGUUCUAAGAUCAUCCAGUGCCUCGAAAUAUGUGGUUCUCUGCAACAUUCAAGUCUUUGCCAAAGCAAUGCCUUCUCUAUUUGCUCCACACUUUGAAGACUUCUUCAUAUGUUCUUCAGAUUCUUAUCAAAUAAAAGCUUUGAAGCUUGAGAUACUCUCUUCCAUUGCUACAGAUUCGUCCAUUUCAUUUAUUUUUAAAGAAUUUCAGGAUUAUGUUAGAGAUCCAGACAGGAGAUUUGCUGCUGAUACUGUUGCUGCAAUUGGUUUAUGUGCACAACGACUUCCAAAAACGGCAAACACAUGCUUGCAAGGGCUGUUGGCUCUGACUAGACUGGAAUUUUUGUCAAGUGACAUCGAGUCUGUGGAGGGAGAAGCGGGUGUUUUGAUUCAAGCAAUAAUGUCCAUUAGGUCAAUCAUAAAGCAAGAUCCACCCAGUCAUGAGAAGGUUAUAAUUCAGUUGAUUCGUAGUCUGGAUUCAAUCAAGGUACCUGCAGCCCGUGCGAUGAUUAUUUGGAUUGCAGGGGAGUAUUGCUCUUUGGGGGAUACAAUACCCAGGAUGUUGACCACAGUACUCAGUUAUCUUGCUUGGCACUUCACCACAGAAGCAUUGGAAACAAAGCUCCAGAUACUUAAUUCUAUUGUGAAGGUAUUAUUAUGUGCAGAAGGAGAAGAUCUUUGGAGCUUCAAAAGAGUCUUAAAUUAUGUGCUUGAACUGGCUGAGUGCGACUUGAACUACGAUGUUCGUGACCGUGCACGUUUUUUAAAGAAGAUUUUGUCAUCUAAUUUAGAUCCUCAAGGACUCGAGGAAGAAGCAAAUAUUAUUCUUCAACAUAAGGAGCUAUCACAUGUACUUGCAGAACACAUAUUUGGGGGACAGACAAAGCCAGUGUCCCCUGAACCCAUGAACUGCCGGUUUUAUCUUCCUGGUUCUCUUUCACAGAUAGUUCUCCAUGCAGCUCCAGGUUAUGAACCCCUUCCAAAACCUUGUAGUCUGCUACGUGAUGACAUCGACCUCUCUAAUGUAUGUCAAGGGACAAAUGCCUUGGAGAGUGCCAAAAAUAGUGACUUCUAUGACACAGAUGAUCAUGGCUCAUUAUCUCGGUCUUUGGAUGAGGAAAGCACUUCUGAUUAUAGUCGCCAGGAUUCUAUUACCAAAUCAAGCGUCAGCUCUGGUGGUGAUGGGACCAGCUCUGCAAAUGAAGAUGAUGACAAUUUGGAUCCACUGAUUCAGAUUUCAGAUGUUGGCAAUGCUUGUGAAAAUCAGAAUGGAGUGUCUCACUCUGGGUCUGCUGAUUUGGGGGAAUUGAUAUCAAAGAGAGGUCUAGAAUCCUGGUUAAAUGAUCAGCCUGGUUUAUCCAGUGCGAGUACAUCAGAACCAAGUCAAGUCUCUAUAUCUACUGCAAGAAUCUCUAUUGGGGAUAUUGGACGCCAGGUUAAAAUGAAGAGCUACACACUCUUAGAUCCUGCAAACGGAAAUGGGUUGAAGGUGGAUUAUACAUUUUCAUCUGAAGUUUCGACCAUAUCCCAUCAUCUUGUAUGUGUAGAAGUUUUCAUAAAAAAUUGUUCUUCAGAGGCCAUGUCUGACAUUUUUUUACAAGAUGACGAAUCUAGCAAACGCUCUUAUUCUGCAGAUCAAACAAUAGUUGCCAUGGACAGCUCUUUGGCAUCCCAUAAUGACAUACCGGUUAUAGUUUCUAUGGAAGAGAUCACUUCUCUGGAACCUGGUCAGACAGCAAGGGGGAUUAUCCAGGUUCGCUUCCAUCAUCAUUUAUUGCCUCUGAAACUCGCCUUAUUUUGCAAUGGCAAGAAGCUUCCAGUUAAGUUGCGGCCAGACAUUGGAUAUUUUGUAAAACCACUUCCAAUGGAUAUCGAAGCCUUUACUGAUAAAGAAUCUCGUCUCCCAGGAAUGUUUGAAUAUGCAAGGAGUUGCAUGUUCACCGAUCACAUAGGGGAGUUAAACAAGGGCAAGGACGAGAAUCUAGUAACAAAAGACACCUUUCUUGUAAUCUGUGAGUGCCUAGCAUUGAAGAUGCUUGGGAAUGCAAAUCUUUUCCUUGUAUCAGUGGAUAUGCCGAUUGCUGCUAACCUCGAUGAUGCAUCUGGUUUACGCUUACGAUUCAGCAGUGAGAUCUUGAGCAAUUCAAUUCCCUGCUUGAUUACCAUUACUGUUGAAGGAAAGUGCUACGACCCAUUGAAAGUGUCCAUUAAAGUCAACUGUGAGGAAACUGUAUUUGGUUUAAAUAUGUUGAACAGAGUUGGGAAUUUCUUAGCCGAGUCCUCUCAAGCCCACUUAUAAUUGGCCGUAUUGGGACAAAUGUGAAUUUUUGGGAAGAAGAUAGGUGGUAAACUCAAAGAAAUUGACUCAUUGUUUAAAAUAUAUGGUUGAAUUUGUUAUUUCA